CACACAGGGUGGUACUGCCUGGGGUGGGGGGGGGUCUGCACCCACUAGUUACCAACAUACCCCAGUGCUGCUCUCUGGGCUGCCAGCAGCCUCAUCCAGCCCUGGUGCGUGCCAGGAGCUGGAGGAGGGUCUGGCUGGAGCAGUGAGCAAGAGCAGUGCUGCUCAUGCUGUGUCCUAGGGCCAAAGGCAAGCGUUGGUGCCAGAGCCAUGGCAAGGACAGCCCCAGGCAUGCCAGGACACACCGGAGCUGGAGCCAGCCUCCAUACGGGCACUGCAGCUGUACGUGGACUUCUGCAGGGGCAUGAAUCACGAGCUGCUGGUGCAGCUGCAGCACCAGGAGAGCACAGCAGAGCAGCAGCAGCAGCAGUUUGCCUUUCUGAGGCAGCAGUGCCAGGCGGUGAUGGGCAAGGAACAGAAGGAUGAGGCAGUGCAGACAGAGGUCACCUUUGAUGUGGCUGCCCAUGGCCAUGCGGACGGCAGCUACAACAUCCUGGAGAAGCACACACUGCUUCUCGAGCAGCGCACAGGGGAGCAGCCGUGCCGGUGCCUGGGGGAGGACCCACAGCAAGAUGAGGGCUGCGAGGUGGCAGCCGUGCUGCAGGAGAAAGCGGCCAGCAGCAGAGCAGAGCCGGCUCAGAGCAGGGAGCUGGCAGAGCAGCUCAAGGCAGAGCUGAGCCAGUGGCAGUGGAAGCAUCAGGUGACCCUCGAGCAGGCACUGCAACACAUGCAUGCUGCGGCCCAUGCUGCAGAGGAGCUGCAGAGGAACCAGAAACAGCUCCAAACCCUGAGGGAGCAGCUGAGGACACAGGAGGAGCAGAGCCAGGGCCUGCAGCAUCACCUGGCUCGGCUGCAGGAAGAGCUGGGAGCCACCCACGCCCGGGAGCAGCAAAACCUGCAGCAGCUGAGUGAAGCCAAGGAGACCAUCCAAGUCCUGCACCAAGAAGUGGCCUCCAACAGAAAGCACAUGGCAGAGCUGCUGCAGCAGGUGAGGGACAUGACCACCCUGCAGGCAGAGCUGGCCCAGGCCCAGCAAGAGAAAGCCAAGCAGGAGGAGAACAUUGCAGCCUAUGUGACACAGAAGCAGCAGCUCCACUGGGAGCUGAGGAAGCUGCAGGGGUCCCAGGAGCAGUGUAAGCAAGAGGCCCAUUCCCUCCAGGAGACGCUAUGUGAGCUGAGGAGCCGAGCCCAAUACUGGCAAGAGCUAUAUAAGGACAGCGCCCAAACUCUGGCUAUGCGAGAAGAGGAACUAGUUGUUUGCAAGGUGAAACCCCUGCCCUCUGCCCAAGCUCUGCCAUGCUCCAACAGUGGCAGACUGCAAAAGGAAACAGAGCUGCUGCUGGUCAACAUCAGCCAGUGUGUGAAGGAGCCAACGCAUUCAAAUAAGAAACUAAGGCACAAGAUCCAGUGGGAAAUCAAGCAGACUGCAGAGCUGCUAGGUGAAAAGGAGGAGUAA